AUGGAUCCGGCGUUGCUGAAGCAACAAGCUGCUUUCAAGCAGCGAGCAGCUCGAGCUAUGACAAGCAGGACCAAGAAGGAAAAGGAACCAACCACAACGUAUUCUCACACAACUUAUGACGUGGAAGCCAGUAAAAAAACGAAGAAGAAAACUCAGUCCGAUCCUCAACUAGCUGCUAAAUCGUUGUCAGAAUAUAACGCUAAAUCGAAUUCUAUGACCAAUGCGACUAAUUUCGGAACAAUGGCAAAAAUUGUUGACUAUAUGAAGAAGCGUCAUCUUAGCGGGCAGCAGUGGCCUUUGAGCUUGAAGGAAAUUUUGGAUGAACUACAAGUUUAUGACUUGUCUAAAAAAUCAGAAGCGUGGUUGCAAGAGGUCCUGCCGUCAAACCCUCGUUUGAGUGUUGAUGAGGAUGGUAAAUUUUUGUUUAAGCCUCCUUACAAAGUAAAAGGUAAAAAUUCCCUUUUGGCUCUUCUAAAGAAAAAUUAUGCCGAUGGCAAAGGCGGUGUUUUAUUAUCAGACCUGAACGAAUGCAUUCCCGCUGCCGAUAAGCAUGUUGAAGCGCUUGGCAACGCGGUAAUUGCUGUAUCGACUCAGGUUAACAAACGAAAAGAUCAUGUUUAUUUUUAUAGUGAUCCAGAUACGGAUUAUACGAUUGAUGAAGAGUUUAAAGGGCUCUGGCGAAAUGCUGCUGUAGAUUAUUUGGAUGAAAAGAAAAUUGAAGAGUAUUUACAAAAACAUGGGAUUGAUACGAUCAAAGAAACUAUGCCGAGAAAAAUAUUUGCUAGACCGCCAAAACGGAAGACAGUGAGGAAAAGACCAAAUCAGAAAAUUCAUAAUGAGCACUUAUCAAAUGUUCUUGAAGACUACGACAAGGACUAA